UUUUUUUUAUUUUUAUAUUUAUAUGCAUAUCUAUUACUUUUUUUGGCUUUAAUAUAUCAAAAUGACUAAAAAAAAAGAAAGACUAAUUCGAGGUCAUCGUAAAGAUUCAGUUUUAUUUACUCUUGUCGAAUUGCAAGAUUUAAGAGCCCAUCAAAGAACAUUUGAAGGUGCAUAUUGGCGAACUGCUUUAGCAGCUUUCUCUUCGGGAUUGUUAAUUUUAAAAGUAUUUACAAGAGAGUUUUAUAAGAUUGGCAUUACAUUCUUUGUUUUUGGAUUAGCCAUGUUAGCCAUCGCUUUAUGGCGUAGACGUACUUCUUUUGAUGUAUUUGAUCAAACGAUUCCUUAUAAAACAAGCGGUGAUUGGGUUAUUCUAACAACAAUUGUAACUAUGGCAACAUAUAUUGUGCUGCUUGUGUUGUUAUUGAACCUUUAAUUUAUGAUACCCAUUAUUUACUACACUGAAAAAAUAAAAAUAAAUAAAAUAAAAUCACGUGAUAAAUAGUGAUAUGUGAAGAAAAAAAAA